GCCACACGGAGCCUGCAGAUGGUCAGCCUGGUCCAGGUGGGGCAGGAGCAGGGCAGCAUGGCCGGGGAUGAGGGUCCCAUUCCCUCUCAGCUGCUGCCCAGGCUGUGCCAAGAGCACAUAUUGCCCUGUGCUGGCAUCCACUCCCCUCAUCCAGAGGGUGACCAGGGACUGCAGACCUUUGGAUCCCAGGUGUUCUCACCUCUUUCCAGGACUUCCCGGGUGUGGGAAGCCUUAGCUGCCCACAGAGCACCUCCUGGGCCCCAGCAGCGUGGUGGGGUCAGGAUCUCCCUCUAACCCCUUCCUGCUCCCAUCACAGCUGGGCUUUCCUCUCACUGCUCCCUGGGCCUGAAGGUCCCUCCAGGGUGACCCUGAGUGGCACGGGAGCGAUGCCAGCCUGUGCCACUGGGCUGGGUCCUGCCCUUUGGCUCUGGGUUGCUGCCCGGGGUCUGAUAAACUCCACACAGGGCUCGGGCGUUCCCAGGGCUCUGCCCUUCCCUGGUGCCAGGGCUGGGAAAGCCGGGAGUUACCCCAAAGUGAGCCUUUCCCACCCCUCACCUGUGCAGUCUGGGCCCCGGGUGAGUGUGGGAUGCCAGCAGCCCCUUUUCCUGCCCCCUGCCCAGUGCAGCCCCCUCAUUCCAGGUCAGCAGCCACGACAAAGCCUGGGACCUGCUCCGUCCCGACGGCCGAGCCCUGCAGGUGAUGGAUGUGGCACCCCUGGGCCUGAUGGUGGAGGAGGCAACAGAAGUGGCCGUGCCCGACGCCCAGGCUGCCCUCAGUGCCUAUGCCAGGGGGCUGGGUGCCAUCCCAGCGCUGUUGCCCCUCACAGGCAGGGGCUCAGCUGUGCAGGGGGCUGGCAGCCUCUUCACCCUCACCGUGGAGCGAGAGCUGCAGGGGGGCAGGCGCCAGCGCUCGGCCCUCCGGAUCCUGGUGUCCCCAGGGGCCAGCAGGCCCUGCCCCAGCCUGUACGUACAGGGCUGAGCUCUGCUCCGGGUCAGGGAAUUCCAUUCCUGGAGGUGAAGCAGCAGGGACACCCCAGUGGGAGCCAAGGGGGUGUCGCUGCUCCUUGGGGACAUGGGCCUGGGGAUAUGUGGGGCCAGCCCGUCCUUGAG